AUGUCGGAACCGGAUUUCAUCGAACUACCUGGUCCGUAUGGCUCUAGACCUCAGGCAUCCGGAGGACAUUUUCAUGGUCGUCCGCCUAACAAACCAGUUGGCUCUUUCAACCGCAAAACUGCUUCGGCCACCUACAACCCCAUCUUGACGCCGCGAGACGAGGAUGAAUAUUCAGGGUUUCCGGCUCGAGAGGACCGUCUGGCCGCCGACCUUGGUCCCGGCAGAAGUGGCAAGUUCGGCGUCGACCUGUUUGUGGAGAUUGCCGUGUGUACUUUUGCUGUACUCGCGUCAAUCCCAUUCAUAUGGCUAGCUGUGACCGUGACCAAGUUACACCACAAGGAGGUCACAGAAUCGCGGUCAGACUACAUCUUGCAGGCCACCAGCACAGUGUCUACUCUGUUCACUAUCCUUUUUGCUGCGGUUCUAGGCUCAACGUUGAAACGCUUUGCUACCUGGAGACUGGAGCGAGGUACCCGCCUCGGUUUGUUGGAACAGAUCAUGCAAAGUCGGACCGUUUUCGCCGCUGUUACCACUCAGUUAUCCUUUCGAGCUAUCAAUCUCACGGCUCUGGUCUUGCUAUCAGCCUGGACCUUCUCUCCGCUAGGCUCUCAGGCUUCACUUCGCCUUAUCUCGACGGGCAAUCUGUAUACGACAGACUUUGGACCUGUCAGCUAUCUCGACACGAUUACGAACCAAGUCUUUGAUUCGGUUUCUGGAGUAGACUCUUUAUUGACAGCAUUGAAACCGACAUAUAUCAGCUCCAUUCUUGGAUCAGCCAGCAUGAAGAAUGGGACCAUGGAUAUGUGGGGCAAUGUCCGCAUCCCAUGGCUUAUGGAUAGCGCAAGCAAAGAUGGUAACGGAUGGGCUUCUCUCACAAAGGCGCACCUGGCCGAGGGUUCAUACUCUUCACUCGUCGGCAUUCCGCUUGCAUCUCUAGCGAAUCGCAACUCCAGUUUUGUACUUGAAACAACAUACGUGAAUCUGGACUGCGACAAACCGAAAAACGAGACACUGGUCAAUAUUGGCUUCAAUGUGACAUCCGGCAAUGGGACCUUUCUCGGUCCCAAUACCACGACUUCCUACAACAACGGAAUCUACCCCUCCUGGCAGGUGGCGAUGGACCAGUUUGUGAACAACAACCUCUACUUUUAUGGCUACCCUGAGAAGUUGGUCAAUGCCAGCGAUGCCAACCUCCCGCAGGCUACUUUUCUUUUUCAGGACCCGAGCCCAUGGGUAGCUCGGUGUAAGAUCAAUCAGAUCUACGUCGAGUCUAACGUUACGUGCGUCUCGGCGUCAGAUUCUACAGUUCUGGUGUGUUCGGUCAUGGAACAGCGAAAGUCUCCGAACCGGCAUGCCCCAUCAACUAUCACCAGUCUCAGUUUCCCCAGCACAUUUAGCUAUAUGAUGUACGAGUGGAUCAUGGCAACCGGUCCAAUGCUCAGCUCGGGAUACUCCACAUUGACCGAGUACUAUCUCCAGAAUACCAGUGCAGCGUUCAUUUUAAGUGGCAACAAUCGUGAUUAUGCGGACUAUUCCAAUGUUACGGCAGAAGCAUUUUCUCAACGUCUCGGUCAGCUCCUCAAUACGUGGGUCGUUGCAAGCCAAGUGUCGGCGAACCUCAUGGAUUAUGGCUUGAAUGCCCGCAAUACCACGGCGACUUACCUUGAAGCUCGUCUGGUUUACCUCUGUUCCUGGCCGUGGCUGGGAGCAUACGUUGCCUCUAUUGCGGUCAUGCAGAUUGCAGCUCUUUUCAGCAUCUGGUGUGUUGCUCACACCACGAUUCCUGAUGUCUUAGGCUACUGCUCAUCUCUCACGCGGGACUCCCAGUUCUUCGGGUUUGUGAAGGGGGGCAGUGCGCUUGAUGGGAUCGUCCGGGCUAGGAAGCUACGAGACAUUAAGGUCAGGAUGGGUGAGGUUGUUGGAGAGGCUGACGAUGGUCAAUUCCACGCUGACUUUGACACCCACUUGGGUCCGAGGUCUCAGAAUGAUCGGACGAAAUAUCUUGCAAUAGCACCGCCCGAGUAUCUCCAAGCACCCAAGCGUGGGACAUGGUACGGUUAG